GCACAGGAUGUUGAUGGCAGGCUGAGCUGUAAAUAUUUUUAGGUAUUUGGUUCCUAUUUUGCUAUACCUAAAUUAAUGAUAGAAAAGAGGAUUUCCACUAGGGUUUUGGUCUGAUUGUUUUUGGAUGUGGGUUACUGGUACCCAGUGGGGAAGAGGAUUGAGACACAGGAGGAGAUGCCUGUGGGGAGACACCCCUACCCGACAGGUGCUGAAUUCCAGGACGAUGUGUGAGGCUGGAGAUGCUCUCUAAGACUGCGAAAUUCAUCACCAGAAGGCUAGUGAGAGAAAGCAAGGGUACCCCCGUGGAGUUGGACCUGACUGUGGCUGGAUAUUCUGCAAGUGGAAGAGCUUCGCGGGAAUCAGUCUUCAUUCCAGAUGUGCAGCACCAUGAGGGCCCUGGUGCCUCUGUUGUCCCUGUUCCUGCUGGGUGGCCAGGCCCAGCAUGGGUCUGACUGGACCUACUCAGAAGGAGCACUGGACGAAGCGCACUGGCCACAGCACUACCCCGCCUGUGGGGGCCAGAGACAGUCGCCCAUCAACCUGCAGAGGACGAAGGUGCGGUACAACCCCGCCUUGAAGGGGCUCAAGCUGACGGGCUAUGAGACCCAGGAGGGCGAGUUCCCCAUGGUCAACAACGGCCACACAGUGCAGAUCAGCCUGCCCUCCACCAUGCGCAUGACAGCAGCCGACGGCACUGUGUACAUAGCCCAGCAGAUGCACUUUCACUGGGGAGGAGGGUCCUCGAAGAUCAGGGGCUCUGAGCACACCGUGGACGGGAUCAGACAUGUGAUCGAGAUUCACGUUGUUCACUACAAUUCUAAAUACAAGAGCUAUGAGACAGCCCAAGAUGCGCCGGAUGGUUUGGCUGUACUGGCAGCCUUCGUUGAGGUGAAGGAUUACCCUGAAAACACUUACUACAGCAGCUUCAUUUCUCAUCUGGCCAACAUCAGGUACCCAGGACAAACAACAACCCUGACUGGCCUUGACAUUCGGGACAUGCUGCCGAAGAACCUCCAGCACUACUACAGCUACCACGGCUCACUCACCACGCCUCCCUGUACCGAGAACGUCCACUGGUUUGUGCUGGCGGAUUUUGUCAAGCUCUCCAGGACACAGGUUUGGAAGCUGGAGAAUUCCUUACUGGAUCACCACAACAAGACCAUCCAAAACGAUUACCGCAGGACCCAGCCCCUGAACCACAGAGUAGUGGAAUCCAACUUCCCGAAUCAGGGCAAGGGCCACCAGGCAUCACGGGAGAAAACAAAAUCCAAGAGUAAAGCUCACGUCAACACGCCACCCCUUGGCUCUGGGCAGCCUCGAAGCCUGAGUUCAAACACAGUGAAGACGCAUAAAGACAAUGUACUGGGCACAUGGAGAGCAUUCUAAGGAAUCAAAAGACUUCCCAAAAAUACGAUAAUAUACUCUAGGCUCCGAAUUCCAGUUUUACCUACGUAAGAUUGAGGAAAUUCUUGAGUACUUAAGAAGAGCAUUGAACUGAGGAAAGCUA